AGAGAGAAAGUGAUAAAAAACGAAGAAAAUAACCUCUUUUUCAGGGAAGAAAGGGCUUGUUUGGUUCUUCAGAAUCGAUCCCCCCCUCUAUUAUUUUAUUUAAAAUUCUUUUGGUUCGUCUUUCUUAAUCAACUUUGCGUGAUGAAGGGAACGAGAGAAAAUGAAAGAAAAUAAAGGAAAACAAAAACAAACGCGAGAAAAUUGAGGGAAAAAUCAGCAAUUUGGGAUUUGAAUUUUGAGUUCUACUGUGGUGUUUGAGGGUUGUGAAGGAACGAUGGAUUUGGAUAACAUCGAGUGCAUCUCGUCUUCCGAUGGCAUGGAAGAUGAAGAGAUCCACCACCAUCAUCAUCCUCAUAAUCAUCAUCAUCAUCCUCAUCAGUUCUCGGCGAAACUUCACAACAAUAUUGUAGUCCCCUCUGGAAUUGCUCCUCCCACAAGCGUCCACGAACUGCUAGAAUGUCCUGUUUGCACUAAUUCUAUGUAUCCACCAAUCCAUCAGUGUCACAAUGGACAUACACUUUGCUCUACCUGUAAAACAAGGGUGCACAAUCGGUGCCCCACUUGUAGACAGGAGCUUGGAGAUAUUAGGUGCCUAGCACUGGAGAAAGUGGCAGAGUCGCUUGAACUGCCAUGCAAGUAUUUUUCACUGGGAUGCCCGGAGAUAUCUCCAUAUUAUAGCAAACUGAAGCACGAGGCAAUGUGCAACUUCAGACCGUACAAUUGUCCAUAUGCUGGAUCCGAGUGCUUUGUUACUGGAGAUAUUUCUUUUCUGGUUUCCCAUCUCCGAGACGAUCACAAGGUGGACAUGCACACAGGAUGUACAUUCAACCAUCGCUAUGUAAAGUCUAAUCCACGUGAAGUUGAAAAUGCCACCUGGAUGUUAACAGUUUUCCAUUGUUUUGGUCAAUAUUUCUGCCUUCAUUUUGAAGCCUUCCAGCUUGGAAUGGCUCCCGUAUACAUGGCGUUCCUCCGUUUUAUGGGCGACGAGACUGAGGCUCGCAAUUACAGUUACAGCCUGGAGGUUGGGGCAAAUGGCAGAAAGCUCAUAUGGGAGGGCACCCCAAGAAGCAUCCGGGAUAGCCAUCGGAAGGUCAGGGAUAGCCACGAUGGUCUUAUUAUCCAACGAAACAUGGCACUUUUCUUCUCUGGUGGAGACAGGAAAGAGUUGAAGCUGAGAGUUACAGGGAGGAUAUGGAAGGAACAACAGAAUCCAGAUGGUGGGGUUUGUAUACCGAACCUCUGUAGCUGAGCCAAGUAAUUUUGAAGCCAUUUUUAUGAUUGUGUGUUUUACUAGUCAGUGCCGCGUACCCAUGUCAAUCUUGUAUGGUGUGUUAUAGUCUCAAGAAGACUUGAAAGUAUGUUGGUGUUGGAGGUUUUUGUAGCUGUUAUAAAUUAUUUAAUAAACAGCUCAUUCUCCUUUCUCUUG